CGAACUCGUCUUGGCCCGAAUUCAAAGUAACUCUCCAUUCCGUGACCGGUUGAGCAUCACAGAAAAGCCAACGCCCAUUUUCUUCUCCAAGCUUUAGACCACGCGCCAAUCCUCCCCCACUCUACUGCACAGUGCACACAGGAAGCAUUGGUCAACCGACAAAUCGGCAAUGCCGCUAUUAAAAUUCCUCCCCCGGGCCGGCCGGAAUCAAGAAGAAACACUUUUCCUGGCUGAUUAAUGGAGGUCACGAAUCCACGGACGAAAACGAAAUGGCUACUCCCUCUGGCGUUGAUCUCCUCGCUCCUCCUCGUCCUUCUCCCCCUCUUUUCCCCGAACCCAUUCCGCCGGAGCCCGGCAAAGCCCCUCAAAGCUCCGGUCUUUGUUGAAUCCAAGCUGCGCGUGGGCGACACUCGCCCCAGCUCAAGAACACCCAGACUGGCCUACUUGAUCUCCGGGUCCAUCGGCGAUGGGGAGAAGUUGAAGAGGGCUCUGAAGGCUCUCUACCACCCUCUGAACCAGUAUGUGGUCCACUUGGACCUGGAGGCCCCCGCCGAGGAGAGGGUGGAGCUGGUGAGGUUCGUGACGACGGAGCCCUUGUUCGUGGAGGUUGGGAAUGUGAGGGUUAUCAUGAGAUCUAACCUGGUCACCUACAGAGGACCCACUAUGGUCACUAACACCCUUCACGGGGCUGCUAUUCUCCUCAAACAGGGAGGUGAUUGGGACUGGUUCAUCAAUUUGAGUGCCUCUGAUUACCCUUUGCUCACCCAGGAUGAUAUGCUUCACACUCUCUCUACCAUUCCAAGAGAUCUUAAUUUUAUCGAGCAUACCAGUGACAUUGGAUGGAAGGAGCAUCAUAGAGCGAGGCCUUUAAUAAUCGAUCCAGCUCUCUAUAGCCAGAACAAGUCGGAUAUCUUCUGGGUCUCCGAAAAAAGAAGCGUUCCAUCUGCCUAUAAACUUUUCACAGGCUCAGCCUGGAUGAUGCUAUCUCGACCCUUUGUGGAAUACUGCAUCUGGGGGUGGGACAACCUCCCAAGGAUAGUGUUGAUGUAUUACGCCAACUUCCUUUCUUCCCCAGAAGGGUAUUUCCAUACUGUGAUAUGCAACGCGGACGAAUUUAAGAACACCACCGUGAACCAUGACCUGCACUUCAUUUCCUGGGACAACCCCCCAAAACAACAUCCACAUUACCUCACUUUGGACGAUUACCCUACGAUGGUGAAGAGCAAUGCACCGUUUGCCAGAAAGUUUGGUAGAAAUGAAACGGUCGUGCUUGAUAAGAUUGACUCUGAGCUUCUGGGUCGCAAACCCGACGGGUAUGUGCCCGGGAGUUGGUUUGAUGAUGGAGCCGCGGGCAUAAAUCCAAACUCCUCGCUUUACAAUGUCACAAAUAUAACAUCGUUGAGACCGGGGCCCGGUGCUACACGGUUCAGUAAUCUCUUGUCCACAUUGCUCUCUGAUAAGGAUUUUGACAGGAAGCACUGCCUCUAAUCAUCAAUGUUUUACUUUGAUGAUUGGUUAGUGGGGCUGAUGAAAUAAUCAUGGACUGGUUCAUGACCACACAUCUUGGAAGGAUACAUAUAUAAGCAGGGUAGAGAGAGAGAGAGAGAGAAAGAGGGAAUUGUACAUGUUCAAACUACAUUUCUAUAACAGAUACAGUGCAAACGGAUCUUGGCGUUUGUUUAACGUUGUUGUUGUUGUAUAUUCAUUACACAAUGUAUCAGUAGAAAAAUGUAAUGGCAGUUCCUGCUGUCUUGUAGGGAAAUAAAUGGAUUGAAAAUCU